UUCCCGGUUUUCCCUCUUUCCCUGGGUUGCAGCUGCGUUCCCAGCGCCAAGAGCUGGCUGGAGCGAGGAGGGGGAGCCUUAGGAGAAACGGGACCGCUUCAUGGGCAAAAGAGUCCUGCGCAUCACAACUUCUUCCUGAACACCUUUGAGAUCCUGAGCUGUCAUUUGCCUCUCCUCCCCAGCUCACCUGCCAGUGCUGGAUUAUGCUCGUCACGUUCUCCCUUUGCUUCAUCAUCUGGUUGAAUCGUGGCUUCAAGUUACGGGAACGACGGGGCUGUACUUAGGGCCCGGCCGUUCAUGCCAGCAGACCCAGGGAACUUUCACCUUCAUGCAGAGCUCUUGAGAGGGAAGUGGGACAGCCAACCUCAGCCCACCCCUCUUUUCCACUUUUUUCCUCGCCGGUGCAUUUGCUUGGUUUUUUCCAGGGGACUAUGGGGAGCACCGAAGGCUUCCAGUAUCGGGCCCUCUACCCCUACCAUAAGGAACGCAACGAAGAUAUCGAUCUGUUACCCGGGGACACCUUGGUGGUGAGCAAGGGGGCCUUGCAGGCCCUGGGCUUUAAGGAUGGAGAUGAGCAGAUGCCGAACCAAAUUGGCUGGAUUCUAGGGGUCAAUGAGCGCACCAAACAAAAGGGGGAUUUCCCGGGCACCUAUGUGGAGUAUGUGGGGCCAGUGAAAAUCUCCCUCCCGUCCCAUCGUCCCAGGGUCACCAGGCCCCUGCCCGCCACUCCUGGAACAGGGGCAUCCCACGCUCCGGAGGAACAGGGGGUGACACUUCCAGAACUUUCCGAGCAGUUUGCCCCACCUGAAGUCGCCCCACCUCUGCUGUGUAGGCUGGUGGAUGUGAUUGAGAAGAAAGGGUUAGACAGCAAGAUGCUCUACAGAACAUCUGGCUCCGAACUAAGGCAAGCACUGAGAACCGACUGGGCGGUGACUGGCUGUGAUUUGGAGGCCUUAGAUGUGCAUUCCCUGGGUGAGGCUCUCAAGGGAUACCUGCAAGAUCUGCCGACCCCCGUGGUACCCCCUUGCGUGCAGGGCGAAAUCUUACGAGUGCUCCAAGAUGUUCCCCAACCGGAGCUUUGUCAAAAGCAGUUGCUUUCGGUGUUGGAGUCUCCAGCCAUGCCUCUGCCACACCUCCUCACCUUCCAAUUCCUGCUCCGGCACUUUUCCAAGGUGGCUGAACAAGCUGAAAGCAAUGGGUUGUCUCCUCGGAAUCUGAGUGAGAUCUUCGGGGUUCUGCUCCUUCGGCUCCCUGCAGCUGCCAGCUCUGAGGCAACACCUGAUUUUCCAAACCACUUCCUGGAGACCCUUCUGCAGACAAAGGACACUGAGCCAGACCUUCCCCCUCCAGCUCUGCCUCCGAAGCCACCCAAAGCGAAACCUGCAGCAGUCUCUCUAACCAACGGGAAUGGCACAACCCUGCAAGAUGCAGAGUGGUACUGGGGAGACAUCUCCAGUGACAUUCAGCAGCAAUUAACCACGGCAGUCUUAGAUGCUCGCUGUCCCGGCAACCUGGAGGACCAGGUGGUGAAGGAGGACAGUGUGGAGGCAGUUGGGGAGCAGCUGAAAGUCUAUCACCAGCAGUACCAGGACAAGAGUCGAGAGUACGACCUUCUGUACGAAGAAUACACACGCACCUCGCAGGAAUUGCAAAUGAAACGGACGGCCAUCGAGGCCUUCAACGAAACCAUCAAGAUCUUUGAAGAGCAGUGCCAGACGCAGGAGAAAUGCAGCCGGGACUACGUGGAGCGCUUCCGGAGGGAGGGGAAUGAGAAGGAGGUGCAGCGGAUCAUGAUGAAUUCAGAAAAGCUGAAGUCUCGCAUUACCGAAAUUCAUGACAGCAAGAUGAAGCUGGAGCAGGACCUCAAACAGCAGGCCUCCGAAAACCGGGAGAUCGACAAGCGCAUGAACAGUCUUAAACCUGACCUGUUGCAGCUGCGCAAACUCCGGGACCAGUACCUAGUAUGGUUGACCCAGAAGGGGACUCGUCAGAAGAAGAUCAAUGAAUGGCUCGGUAUCAAGAGUGAAACUGAGGACCAAUACUCCAUGAUGGAGGAUGAAGAAGACCUGCCCCAUCACGAUGAGCGGACCUGGUAUGUAGGCAAGAUCAACCGCACCCAGGCAGAGGAAAUGCUGGUGGGCAAGCGUGAUGGAACCUUUCUUAUUCGGGAGAGCAGCCAGCGAGGGUGCUACGCCUGCUCCGUGGUGGUAGAUGGAGACACAAAACACUGCGUGAUUUACAAGACGGCAACGGGCUACGGCUUUGCAGAACCUUACAACCUCUACGCCUCGCUUAAGGAGUUGGUUUUGCACUACAAGCACACCUCCCUCGUGCAGCACAAUGACUCACUCAAUGUCACGCUGGCUCACCCCAUCCUCUCCCAGCCUCCGCCGAGAUGAACGCUUCCCUUCCCUUCCCUACCAUUCCCCACUUCCUACCCUUCCAGAAACUCCGAUGAACGUCCUGCCUUUCCUUGACUGCCCCAUGAGGAUAAAAAAAAAAACCCUCCCAACCCCUCAUAUUUCCUUCUUGUGUUCAUCGUUAACUCUGCCUAUUGUUCAAUACCUUGCUUUCCAUUGGUGGCCCUCCUCUUUCUACUUCCUUUUCCCGCCUACCCUCCUUUCUCUAAAGUUGGGGUUUUUUGUUUUUUUUUCCAACCUUGACGAUGUUAAGAGAUUUGGCCUUUGGCUCAGCACGCUGGCGGGAGAAUUCUGGGAAUUGAAGUCCGUGCAUCUUAAAGCGGUCAAGGUUUAAAAAUCACUGUUCUAAGCUAACUUUUUUUUUUCUUCUUUUUUUUUACAUUUGCUGCUGCAUUUUGAAUUCCUUCUUCACUUCACUCCUAGUGGCUUUUGUGUUUUGGUGCUAGGGGUCCUACUUUACACCGCUGGGCACGAUCUCUGCAGAGAAGCUAUCCUUGGGGUGGGGGGUGGGGGCGUGUAAAAAAGGUGCUUCCUAGGCUGGCAAUCCCUAAGAACUUGGGAAGAGACCAUUGUUUCCUUUCCUCGUUUUUCUCCCUCCUGGAUUCGCCUGGGAAGGGUUGGAGGAGAUGGUUUUAAGAACUCCUCAGGCCUUGCCUCCGUCUAUGUUGGCAUUCACCUGGCAAAACUCAGCCUGCCUUGCAGUGACACUCCUGCCCCCCCGCCUCCCCUUUUGCUGGCUUUCUUUUCCUUCCCCAGUGUACAGUGACAUGACAGCAAUCUGUUUUUAAGCUUCCUAUGCAGCUGCUUCUGUUUUUAAAUAUGCAAAAAUGGAGAGCGGAAAAGAAAACCCCAUUAUCUCGUGGUCUUUGGAAGCUUCUCCCGACUCUUUCAAUCUGCCUCGCUUUCCAAGCACUUUACCUGCUGCUGAACGGGCGGUGGAGCAGAGGGAAUGAUGCCCGAUUCAAAUGCCCUCACACUCCAGCCUUCCCCCCCCCCCCCCAUGGCUCCAUUUAACCAGGAUGCAGAGCCUGCCUCUUCUUUGAACCCGGACGCUGAGGCGAGCAAGCCAUGCUGGAGUUCCUCAGCCUUCCCAUGACACCAGGGGUAACAUCCUUUCUGACAGGGCAUCCCCCAACCAGUCCUGCUUCUCAGGGCCGUACCUGUCCCUAUGUCUGGAUGAACCUGGAGACUGGUGGCUUGACUGCAUGCUCUUUGGCAUAAAGCCAUAAACUCAUUUCCAAACUUGUGGCCAAAAGGAAGGGGAAGGGGAGGAAGUUCUCGGUAGUUCUCACUCGUAGGCUUUCGUCUACCGGUAUUGCCUGGCCUGAUUUAUGCAGCGCUGGUUUCCAUUUCCAAAGGGCUGGUCUAAAGCCAUUUGAUCAGUACAACCCAUAUCGCACACACACCCACCCCUGUGGUUUUUGUCUCGUGCGGGCACAUGGCACCGAAUGCUCUCUUGGCCUGAGCCUGCAUAUUUUUUUUUUCCUCUUUCAUGUUCCUAUCAAAUCCCCUUUUUGAUGCCAUUGCUGACCUCCAGUAAAGGAUGGAAUUAUUAUUCUUUAAUUUUCAUUGUUCUUUUCCAGUUAGCAAGGGUGAGGGGGCUCUUUCUCGGUUCACGGCCAUAUGCCCCUCUGGAUCUGCAUGUUCCUCCCCUGCAGAACAGAGUGAGCUCGAAUGAAUGGAUUCCAGCAGCAAAAGUUUUGUGUGUGUGUGUGUGUGUUCUCAUCCUAGAUAUAUGCAAUAAUACCAAACGCCUCUCUUAUUUCUCUUCCUCACAUCAUUCCAGCCAUACUUUCCAGGCUCAUUCACUUUAAAAAAA